AUGACAUUAACGGGCUGUCGUAUUCCGCACGGAUUGGAGUGGCAGUGGUACCCAACCGGCCAAAAGGGUCGAGGACAAGUUGAGGACAAGUCGAGCGGGAGUCGAAGAGAUUGUGGUGGCGCUGUGGCAGGCGUGGACGAGGGCAGGCUAGACAUGUGUGUGCCGGUCAGGUGCGAUUUGGACGAUGCUGGCCACGCCCGGUACCUGGACUGGGACGAGCAGCUGAGGCCUGUGUCCAUGUCAGCGUCUGACCGUGCAGAGGCUGGCACUGGUGUUGCCCCGACGCGCGUCUCUGUUGGGCUAGCACACCUUUUGCGCCAAGCCAGGCCUAGGUCUGAAACCGUGCCUGCUCUGCAAAACUACUCGGGCGUUGUGAUCCUCUCUACCACCGCAACCCAACCCGGCCUACCUACCAUCAACCCACUGCCUGCUCCUGUCUUGCCACAAAGUCCCGACGCUGCAGACAACCCGUACUCGCUCAUCGCCCGCACAGCCUACUUUUGUCGUCCAUCGCCCGCCUGUCUGCCAACUCCCCGCUCGUCCAGGCGGUGA